AUGAAUGAAGAUGAGUCGAUCGACAUUGAUUCAGACGGCAACUUCAAUGAUGGAGAAAAUCAUGUUGACGAUGGUGUUGCUGCUGCUGCUGAUGAUGAUGAUGAUGAUGACGACGGCCAUUAUUUAGAGGAAGAGGAAGAAGUUGGAGAGGACAGGGAAAUGCCUAAUGAUUUCAAUGAAGAAAAUCUCGUAAUUGGUCCAAUUACUGGGAUGCGGUCUAGGAAACCAAGGAAUAAGCUUGUUACCAAGAGGAGGAACUGUCAUGCUAGAAUAAAUGGAAUUUUGGAGGAGAAUGGUCCAUGGCGUGUUUCAAAGGUGGUUAAAAAACGUAAUCAUCAAUUGGAUCCAGCACUAUCCCGAUUGAUGACUGGACACAGAUCGCUUAGUAAGUCCCUUAAGAGAACUCUUGCAGCCAAAGAUAUUGUUGGCUUAAGACCCUCAAAAAAUAUAAGAGUCGCUGAAGUACUUGCUGGUGGCCCCGAAAAUCUUGGAUGUACACCAAAGGACUGUAGAAAUUGUAUUUUGAAGAGUAGAAAGCUUCAGUUGCAAGAAGGGGAUGCACAAUCAUUACUCAAGUUCUUCAGUGACAUGCAGCAAAAAGAUAGGGAAUUUUACUACUCCGUAGAUGUGGAUAGUUUUGGUCGACUUUGUAAUGUCAUAUGGGUUCAUUCACACUCUAAGGUUGCAUAUGAGGAGUUCCAUGAUGUAAUAUGCCUUGAUACCACAUACCUUGUGAAUUGA